AUGAGUGCAGCAGUUAAAAGUGCAGACCAACACGCGGAAGGGAGCCAUCUCAUAAACUUUGUCAACAAGAUCAUUGGCCAACCUGCCUCAUAUGCUAACAAGAAGAAUUACACUUUUGGUAAAACCUUGGGUGCAGGUUCGUUUGGAAUUGUGAGAUAUGCUAGAAACAACGUCACUGGAGAAGAUGUAGCAAUGAAGAUUAUCUUGAAAAAGGCAUUAAAGGGAAACGAGGCAAUGGUGUUGGAGGAAAUCAAGUUGUUGGAGGAGUUGCACAAUUCCCACAUUGUUGGAUUUAGAGAUUGGUUUGAAAGCAAGGAUAAAUUCUACAUUGCUACGCAAUUGGCCACCGGUGGUGAGUUGUUUGAUCGAAUAGUUCAGCAAGGUAGAUUCACUGAACAUGACGCGUCAUUGGUUAUUAUUCAAAUGUUGGAAGCACUUCAAUACUUGCAUGAACGUGAUAUUGUGCACAGAGACAUUAAACCAGAGAAUGUAUUAUACUUAACUCCCAAGACAAAUAGUCCUAUUGUUUUAGCCGAUUUUGGUAUUGCCAAACGGUUACAAAACUCCGAUGAGAAAUUAUUGUCGUCAGCUGGAUCUUUUGGAUAUGCCGCACCAGAAGUUAUCCUUGGGACUGGACAUGGUAAACCAUGUGAUAUUUGGUCAUUGGGAGUUGUCACGUAUACUAUCCUCUGUGGUUACUCACCGUUCAGAUCGGAGAAUGUUACUGAUUUCAUUAAUGAGGUGAAGCAUAAUAACGCUGUGAUAUUCCAUGCUGAUUACUGGAAAGAUGUUUCUAAGGAUGCUCGUAGAUUUAUUGUCAAAGCAUUACAGUAUAAUCCCGACAACAGACCCACGGCCACCGAAUUAUUGAAUCACCCAUGGCUCGUAUCUAUUGCUAAGAAACACACUGAUGCCGACUUGUUGCCACAAUUGAAGGAACGUUUCGAUGCCAAGGCCAAAUUUAGACAAGCCAUUGAACUUGUUAAAUUGCACAAUAGGAUCAAUAAAUUGAAAGCAAUGCAAACCGAAGAAGAUGAUGAUCCAACAGAAAUCAACAUGUUUAACUCGAACGGGGAUGUGCUGGAUGAUGAUCUGACGAAAAAGUCAGAUCACUCAGCGCCAUCAUCGACUCAAGGCUCUGCUUUGAAUAAUUGGAAGAAGUUUAAUGAUUCGUUGAAGGCUACAGACGCAGAUUCAAUUCAUACAAAGUCAUCGUUGACUGAUACGACUCCUAAACAGAAGGGACUUGAGCCAAAGACAACCGCUGCAGGUGAUGCAUUUGUGCAGUUGGUCCAUGCUGCUUCAAAGAAUAAAGAGAGGGUGGAAAGUUAUAAGGACAAACAGUAA